AUGUCAUUGCAGCAGAAUGCUGGGCCAUGGUCAUUUUCUUUGAGUCAUCUCAGUCUAGAACACUUGAAUUCUCACCAAAACACACUGUCUCCACUUCAGACUCCAAGUGGAUCCUUUCAAUCACUCCAGAACAUUUCACCUGGUCCAACAACUCAGUCUUCUGCCCCAAGUGCAAAUGGUGAAGAAGGCUUCUCACAUUAUUAUCAUGUACUGCAAAUUCCACCUGCACAAGAUCUUCAUUCAUCACACAGUGGGCUGUACACUACUUUGAUGCAAGCAAUGCCUCCACAGAAUUUUCAUAUGCUCUGCACAAUGUGGGGACCGCCUCAGUACAACCCUACUAAUGCAUCAUCACCUUUGCAUUUACCUGUGGCCGGGCUUAGACAACCCCAGGAUAUGAUGCCACAAAGUGCUAUGAAUGCACCCUGUCAGAAUACAACUGGCAAGGUGGUCAACACAGGUGUAGCAGAGAAGAGAAGCCGGAAAUGCAAAAAUAUGACCCCAGCUAGCAGAACAGCACCUGCUCAAAAGCGACAGAAGGCAGAUGCCAGUACAGCUGCUACCACACCAGCAACAGCAGCUGCUGUAUGUGGAGUUGGGCCUGUGUCAACACCAUCCUCCAACACUGUGCUGAUUAGUGAACCUUCAAUUGCAGCAGCAGGCAACAUGGCUAUUCCAACUGGCUCAGGACCAGUUCCUCAGGCAAGACAGCCUCCACGUGAUACAAAGGUUGCUGCUUCUGAUGUGUGGUAUUUCAUGUGGGCAGUGAAUUCCCCCGAAAAACCAGACAAAAUACCAGAGAAUCAGCCAAGGUUAAUGAAAAAGCCCAACUCACCAUAUGUUGCCUGUUGA